UUCACGUGACUGGUCACAAGGUGACAAAAUGGCGCGGAUUGCGGACGAUGUUUUGCAUGUUCUCGUUCUAUUUUCCGUGAUUUUGUCGGCGCCAUGCUUUUCCCUGCCGAUCAGAAGGUUAUGGACAGUAGGAGAGGACCCAGAAAUUCACAUGAAUGCGACUCAGUUGAUCACCAGUAAGGGUUACCCAUGUGAAGACUACACAGUCCAAACAGAAGACGGCUUUUUACUGGGGGUGCAACGCAUCCCGUACGGUCGUAACGCCACCACUCGCAAAGGCCCACGCCCUGUCGUCUUCCUACAACACGGACUGCUGUCCGCCUCUACCGAUUGGAUCCUGAAUCUGGCCAAUGAGAGCCUUGCGUUCAUCCUGGCUGAUGCAGGGUUUGACGUGUGGUUGGGGAACAUGCGAGGAAACACGUACUCCCGCAAACAUGUCAAGUACACACCUGAUGAUGAUGAAUUCUGGGAUUUCAGCUGGGAUGAGAUGGCCAAGUAUGACCUGCCAGCCAUGGUGACCUUUGCCCUCAACAAGACAGGUCAGAGUUCACUGUACUACGUGGGUCACUCCCAGGGGACAGCCAUCGCCUUCGCACACCUGUCACAAGACCUGGAGUUUGCCAAAAAGGUGAAGACUUUCUUUGCACUGGCCCCAGUAGUGACCCUGGGGCACAUCACAAGUCCUAUCAAGUUCUUCGCACAGUUUGACGAUGUCAUCUCCGCGAUGUUCCGUAUCUUUGGAGUAGAUGAGUUCCUCCCCAACAGUUGGUGGCUGGACUGGCUGGCUUCCUUCCUGUGUGACAAGUCCACACAGCAGUACUGUGAGAACAUGCUCUUCCUACUGGUGGGCUUCGACCCAGUACAACUGAACGAGACGCGACUGCCAGUGUACUUUUCUCACACUCCAGCGGGGACCUCCACAAAAAACAUGAUUCACUUUGCACAGAUGGUGAACUCCAACAAGUUCCAGGCUUAUGACUAUGGUAAUCCAGAUGAGAACAAGCAACAUUACAACCAGCCGACUGCCCCUGUCUACCCCAUAGAGAACAUGACGACGCCUGUGGCUGUGUUCUGGGGCGGUAACGACUGGUUAGCCGACCCCACGGACGUACAGGCCGCAAUCCCGCGACUCAAGAACGUCGUCUACAACGAUGAGAUAAAAAACUUCGACCACAUGGACUUCAUCUGGGGGAAAGACGCAACCAAACAAUACGACAAGAUCAUACAGAUCAUCCGCAAAGCCGAACUGGUGUCGUCUUACCGCUCUGCAUUUGAGCCUGGGCCUGUGGUGGUUGAACAUUGAUCAGAGUAAAAAAAAAGCCAUUUAGGUGACUCCACUAAGUUCUCUGCAGAUUGUAGACUUUGUUAUUUCUGUAUAUAGAAAUAUUUAUAGAAAAUAAAAUAUUUUUGUAUUUGAGUCGAGUGCAACCAUGACAAUAUGCACACAAGCCAUUUCCAUGGAUACUGCACAACUAUGCCAAAAGAACAAAAUGGAUGUGCAAUUGCUACAGCAUGCACAUUUGUUUUGGGCUUUUUAUUUUACAUUUUAAAUUAGAUUACAUAGUGACAAGUACAUUUACAAGAAAAUUGGUACUGUAUAUGUUGGUUUCGCUUCCUUGGUGAGUAUGUUGCUAUUUGUAUAUGGAGCUGAUCUUGAGUUGCUUUUGUGCAUCGUAUCAUUCAGUGUUUGGACUAGCCUAUCUGAACCAGAGGGUUGAGGGUUUGAAUCCCUACCCCUUGUUACUUGUAAUACAAUUUAUUCCUUAUGACAUGACACCCUUAGCCAUGGUACUGGUCCUCUGCUUGCUAAUUGUUAAAGAAGUUAGAAGAAUUUCUCUGCACUAUCACUUUGAUACAUACAUUUGUUUAUUUCUUUAUUUACAUGUACUGAAUUUUUUCUGUCCUUCUUACAUGUACGUGUAGUGCCGUAUAAGUUUUCUUAUUUUUUUAUUUACACUAGCUUAUGGAGCUGGUCAUUAGUGUCAGUGUUAUGAAAAUUCCUGAGCAUAUAAGUCAUCAUUGAUUGAUUUAUUGUUUAUUUAUUUAUUCCUUUUUUUAUUUGGAUUUGUGACAAGUACAGAAUGUAUACUUGUGGAAGGGAGGGCAAAACAGGUGUAUUAAGACCGUUACAAGUUGUGUAUUAUUGUUGAAUAGAUUAUGUUUUGUGCAUCAAUGGGAUGCAUUGAACUUUAUGUUAAGAAAGCCGUAGACUUAUGUUUGGAAGUCUAUUGCUUAAAUUGAACAAAAUGUGAACUGUAAGAUAUUUUUGUCUAAACCUUAUAUACCAGUGGUGCCAAAUAGGAACUGCAGAAUAAGGCAUUUUCUCUUAUACACAUGUAAUAAGCACACCUUUUUACUUUCAACCUUUUAUUCACUUACAUGUAGUAUGUAUACACCUUUACAAUGUUUACCUGUACAUCAACUUGAAACAUUUGAGUGGUUUUAGUGUUAAGAUUAUCUUAUCUUUCUGUGAUUUUUUCUGCAGUGGAAGCCAUGUAAUGUAUAGAAAGUUUUAAAAUCAAUUAUAAUAUAUCUUACAAGUCUGAACAAUAUAUUAUAAGUGAGACUUAUAUGCCACAUUUGUUGUAGUUCAAGAUCAUAUAGAUUAUUAUUAUUAUCAUAUAGAUUAUUAUUAUUAACUGAUAUACUCUUGUAGCAAGAACAAAUAAGCUUAUUCUUGCAGUUAAUAGUUGAGUGGCAAUAUGGUAAGGUACUAUUUAGAAAUGUAGACAUUUUUUUAAAGCACUUUAGUAGUAGUACUUGAAAUCAUAUCACUCAGAAAUGUUCACAAAGAAUUUUAGCUUUUUCCUCAGAUUUGUUGAAAAAUACCUUUUGUAAUAAAUUGUAUGGGUUUGUCUGUAGAAAGAUCUAAACUUGACAACAUACAUGUACAUGUAUAUACGUGGAAUCAUGUUCAGCAAAUUUUACCUCAUAAGUAUCUAACAAAUAUGUAGAUUAUAUUUAAAGUAUGUGUCCGUAGCUCUUGAGAGUUUUGAACAAGAUUAAUUUAAAUUUUAACUUUAUUGACGUGUAUGAAAAGGGGAAAUAUUUUGUGUGUUGGUAUUCCAAUUGGGAGUGUUCAACGUGAAAGGAUUGUUAUGAUGAAAUAGAAAAUAUUGAAUUAUUAAAACGUUAUCAACGAUGAAAAAUUUGUCCCAUGAUCAAUUAACUAUUAUAGAGUCUAGCGGACCGAGAUUUAGUUGGCCUAGAUUUCAAGUAUUUUUUUUUUUAUUUUCU